AUGGUACACUGCGAUUAUGAGAGAAGGCGAGCUCUCGUCUCAAGCAAUGAAAGCAAUGACCCUGCCAGGAUUCACGAGAAAGGUCUUGACGACUUCACAUGCAAACCUUCAAACCCAGACUUCUAUAUAAGUUGACUCAGUGGUUAUCGGAAUGUAGUAUUCCCAAAAUUCAUUACACACUCUCAACAUGUAUAACAAUCCCUUCAACACAGUGGACGACGAUCAGCUUGAAGAUCGACCAGUUCUUCCUUCUAUAUCUCGCAUUUUCGAGGAUAGAAGUUCGAGAGCACACACCUCCUUAAGGCUUCCCCCAUUGCCCGUGAACAGGCAAGGCCAACAAGCUAUGCCAGCUAGUCAAGGUAUCCCCUCAGCUACCUGGCCUCAAAUUCCCCUGUCAAACAACCAGGGUUAUUCUUCUCAGAUGAAUUACCCUGCUACAACGAUGAAUGCUCCCCGCGAUCCCCGUAUUUCUGCUCUAGAAACAAAUCAAGCAAUGUCUGCUUUAGCUUCUGUCCGUUCAACUUCUGCUAGACAAUACCCCAGUGGCCCAUACGGCGACCCAUACUAUAGAAGAGAGGGUGAUUCUAGUUCCCGCUCUGUUGGGCAUAGCGGGUAUGAUUCUUUGUAUGAUCCUCGUAAUUCGACCGGGUACAAUCGAAACUACCACACUGUUGAAAAUAUGCACGAUUUGCUGCCCGACCCUGGCAACCUCCGACCGAGACCUAUGAUUAGUCAGAGAAAUCCAGGCAGCCCCUCAAGAACGCAGCAUAAAUGUAGUUAUUGCGACAAGGAAUUCAGCAGACCGAGUGGCUUGAAGAUUCAUAUUACUACCCAUACCGGAGAAAAACCAUAUGUUUGCCCCGAGGAAGGUUGUCAUCGUUCUUUCAGUGUACGAAGCAACAUGCGCCGCCAUGUUCGUAUCGUCCACCAAUCAGCAUCUUAUUCCGGAGGUUCAACUGAUUCAAGCGAGGACGGCGAAUCGAGGGACUCAACAGAGGAGAAGUAAUUUGUAUGGCCACCCCCUUUAUAGAAUGCCUUCUUCUCUUGAGCUUUUUUGCACCUUGCUACGAUUAUUUAUGUAUUUCUGUGAGAACCUCAGGAGUACUUGCACAGUUUAAAACCUGACUCGAUGGUUGAUUCAGAAUUCCGAUACAUAGAUGCUGCAUAGAUGAUAUGUAUUUAUUCUCCCUGGAUUGUCGAUAACUUAUUAUUACUAUAUUAUGUACAUAGUUGUUCCAAAUGACCCAAAAUGUGGAUUCUCAAUU